AUGUUGCGAUUACCCGCCGUCAAUUUCGUCACGCUACAUUAUGCGUACAUUAUCUUCAUGGGUCUUUUGGCCCUUGUGGUAAUGUGCCCUGCAGGGAACAUGGCUGCCAUUGAUGCCUACUUUUUCGGCGCCAGCGCCUCGACAGAGUCUGGUUUGAAUACAAUUGAUGUCAAAGAGCUGUAUACGUAUCAGCAGCUGUAUAUUUACUUCAUCCCCAUCUUCACGAACCUCGGAUUUGUCAACAUCGUCGUCGUCAUUGUGCGACUACACUGGUUUAAAAGGCAUCUCAAGAGAGUUGCGCCUCGAUUUCUCGCAUCUGUAGAAGACGAAGAUACCAAACUCGAGAAUGGCUUCAAGAGCGCCACGGUAAACCAAUCCGCGACGCAACAGGAAUCCUCAAACGAUCAGGACGACACGGAGAAGCGCCAGCACAUUGCGUUUGACGCCUCUGCCGAAAAGGACAGCCACCCCAAGAAUGGCACUGUGCUGUAUAUUCCUGGACCCAGAGACCGCGACCAAGGCCAUCCGUUCGUAGAGAUGAACAAGGACCCUGCCGACAGCCGAGACGAUAUGGCCAUUGAACCUCUUCCGCGACUCAGCGUCCAAGGUGGUCUGCGUCGCCGCGCGGAUGGCCAGCAGCGUCUCGGCGAGACCCUUUCCAUGGACCGCGCCACGAGCAUUGCCACUUCCAUGUUUGUAAUCGGCGCGGACCCAUCCAAAGCGCGUCGCGUAUCGACCUCGUCGCAGCAGGCACCCAAGCUUAAUGACAUGCCGUUUCUCUCGCGCGAGGUCACGGUUGGCCGCAACUCGAACUUCGGCAACUUGACUUCCAAAGAUCGUGAGGAGCUCGGCGGCAUAGAGUAUCGUGCUCUCAAGCUUCUUCUGAAGAUUGUCAUCGGCUACUUCUUCGGGCUGCAUCUCUUUGGUGCCAUCUGCCUGGUGGGCUGGAUUCAGUAUGCGAGUCCCAAGUAUACCGAUUACCUAGCGUCGGUUGGGCAGGACAAGAACUGGUGGGCCUUUUACUCUUCACAAACCAUGAUUUCCAAUCUUGGCUUCACUCUCACACCGGACUCCAUGAUCUCCUUCCGCGACGCCGGCUGGCCCAUGUUCAUCAUGAGCUUCCUUGCCUUUGCCGGGAACACACUGUACCCCGUAUUCUUGCGCCUCAUUAUAUGGACCAUGUCAAAGGUCUGCCCGCGCAACGCGUCCAUCCAACAGCCGCUCGCCUUCCUGCUCGACCACCCGCGCCGCUGCUACACGCUGCUCUUCCCUAGAGGCGCAACAUGGGCGCUCUUUGGCAUAAUCUUCGUGCUCAACUUUGUCGACACGCUGCUCAUCAUUGUUUUAGACCUGACUAACAGCGCCGUCUCGGAACUGCCACUGGGGCCACGAAUCCUCGCGGCCAUUUUCCAGGCGGCAUCGUCGCGACACACCGGUACCGCAACAUUUAACCUUGCCGAGGUGAACCCGGCAGUGCAGUUUAGCUUGCUGGUCAUGAUGUACAUUGCCAUCUUCCCCAUCGCCAUGGCGGUGCGCGUUUCCAAUACAUACGAGGAGCGGUCACUCGGCGUGUAUGAGAGCGACGGGCAGGUGAAUGAGCAAAAGGGGUCAGCGUACCUUCUUACGCACAUGCAGAACCAACUAAGCUUUGAUCUGUGGUACAUGUUCUUGGGCAUUUUCUGCAUCUGUGUUGCCGAGUCGCGCAGGAUCAUGGACUUGGAUGAGCCGGCUUUUGCAGUGUUCCCGAUUUUCUUUGAAGUCGUCUCUGCCUAUGGCAAUGUCGGCCUUAGCCUGGGCUACCCAACUGUGGCAACUUCUCUCUGCGGCCAAUUCACCAUAUUUAGCAAGCUCGUCAUCUGCGCCAUGAUGAUUCGCGGUCGCCACCGAGGUCUUCCAUACCAGCUAGAUCGUGCCGUCAUGCUGCCUGGCGAGCGCAGAGAAGAGACGGAGGAAACGACAGGAGAAUCCACCGAGGGAAAGGAAUGA